AUGCGCAAGUUUUCAAGUGGAGCCCAUUUUAGUCGAAGCUUGUUCAAGAGAUUGAGUUCCCUUGGAAAAUUGAAGCAUCCACUCAAUGUGCAGUACAGAAUGCACCUUUCAAUAAGUUGCUUUCCAAAUCAGAUAUUUGACAGCGGCCAGAUCCAUGAUGGCUUGAAUGUAAAACAUGAGAGUUACACCAAGCAAUAUCUAUCGGACCAGAUUUCCGGUUCAUAUUCUUUCAUAAAUGUUUCUGAGGGAGGGAAAGAGCGCAAAAAGAACAGACCAAGCCUGAGAAACCUUGUACAGGCUGCUGCAGCUUUACGGAUUUUGGACAAUCUCUAUGAAGCAUGGAGCUUGUCAUCAAAGGAAAAGCUAAGCGUCGGGAUAAGACCACCUUAUGCAGGGAUCUCCGGGUUCCAAUUUCUUGGCAGAUGCCGUCCGACGUUCCCUGCUGCAGAGAUUCUUUAAGCGUGAAUAACAAAAGGCACUUUCAAUUUUGAACUGGACAUAGAGCAUUCGAAGGUGGAGGAGAGCUUGCUAUCGAUGAAAUUCUGCUCGCUGUCAUUAGGAACUGAUCAAGGCGGCAAGGAAGUGCAGCUCUCAUUUGAACUUACCAAGGAACAACGCGAGAUAAUCGAGUUCCCAAAGGGCACCUUCAUACAAGGAAGGCGGGAAGACAGUUACUGACAAUGAAGUUGCUUCAGAGGGAGCAACUUUCACCAAAUGGCUACAAGUGAUUCUGCUGUUACAAGAGCUGUGAAAUUUUUUUCUCUAAACAAGUCUCAUCUCUGGAACAAUGAUUCAAAGUGAUUCUGCUAUUAGCCUUCGUAACUUUGCUUUACAAAAUUGUCUCAAUCAAAGCCCCUUCUGCCUGGUCUCUAGUUUCCCCA